CAAGCAUGGUGGACGAAACUAGUUUCAUCAUGGAUUAUUGAGAUCCUUUCUUCUUACGUUUAUUGAUACAUUUUGGAUUGUCAGUCUAAAAUGGCUGGGUUAGAGAUUCUUUCUCCCGAAGGACUACGUCUCGAUGGCCGAAGACCCCAUGAACUUCGAAAGAUCGUCUGUAGAAUGGGGGUUUUCAAGCAAGCGGAUGGCUCAGCUUACAUCGAGAUGGGAAACACCAAGGCAUUAGCUACAGUUUAUGGCCCUCAUGAAGUAACAAACAAAUCUAAAAUCCUACACGACCGAGUGCUGCUAAAUUGUCAGUUUAGCAUGGCGACGUUUAGCACAGGAGAACGAAAGAGAAGACCAAAGGGAGACAGAAAAUCCACAGAGACGUCUAUGCUUAUAAGGCGCACAUUCGAUGCCGCUAUUCUAACACAGAUGUACCCUCGCUCACAGAUAGACAUUUAUGUGCAGAUUCUUCAGGCUGAUGGUUCAAACCAAAGUGCUUGCAUCAAUGCAGCUACCCUAGCUCUCAUAGAUGCUGGAAUUCCAAUGAAGGAUUAUGUCAGUGCUUGCACAGUUAGUUUUGUCAAUGACCAACCAUUGAUGGACGUUAACUACUUGGAAGAAAGCUUUGGAGGCCCACAACUAAGUCUGGCUGUGUUACCAAAGUCUGGAAAUAUUGUCAUGUUCCAAAUGGAUUCUAGACUUCAUAUUGAUAACUUGGAAAAAGUCUUGGAAUUGGCCAAGAAAGGAUGUAGUGAUAUCCACGUCUUACUUCGACAAACUGUGCGUGACUAUUCUCAAGAGUGUAUGGCCACUUUAGCCAGUAAUUAACAUCUCAUCCAAGACUUAA